UUCGCUCAAACAAUAAACGUCUCAUUUUUGCUUAUAAAAAUGACUGGCCAAAAAAGAAUGUCGACAUAUUGGCCCAACCGAUUAAUCUUUUCUAGUCAUUUUCUAUUAUUUCCUUUCACUAUUAUCUUGCUGAUAUUUCCAAUUGCUAAUGCGGAGAGUAGGUGUAAUUAUGUUACGCUUGUCAAAUGUUUUAUCGAAAUUCUUGACGAGUGGACUUGGACACUUUAUGAGCUAAAAGAUAAUGUUGAUGAAGGUCCUGAACAACACGAAUGUAGUCAUUCAGAGGUUGUAGCUGCUAGUAAUACAGUUAGUGAUUUGUUAACCCACAGAAAGAAUUCUGGCAGCUUUCUUAAGAGCUACUAUUUGCUUACUUAUGCAUGUUCAGACGAAGGUCAGAAAAUGCUUAGUGAGCACAGGCCAUGUCUCUCAAGGGAACGUAUUGGUGAAAUGACCAUUAGUGCAGGCACCUACCUCAGCGAAAAAUUUUUGGAUCACCCGGAUGAGGAAGUUUGUACUGCUGUGAAUAAUAAACUACAAGAAUAUAUGGAGGCAAUGGCAGGUCUUUGUCGUGAGGAAGCUUCUUUGAUUAUGUGUCGUUCGCUUACAGGAAUGUUUAAGGGUCUACAUUCUGAUAAACUGGCUGACUGCGAAUUCAGUUGUCUUAGAAAACAAGAAAGUUCUCAACGCGAUUCACAACAAGAACAACCUCAACAAGACCAGCAAUAUGAUGAAAAUUCUACUGCAGAAGAGGGAGACGAAGGUGAAACAAAUCAAGGAGAGACAGAACAUCUGACCGGUGGAAGUAUUGGAGGAAAAACACAAAAGCUAUGGUUGAUAAUGAUAAUAGUAGCAUUGUUUGUAAUCACAGCGUCGAUGACCGGUUUUUAA